CCCGUGGGAGGCUGCAAGGCAAACGUGCCAAGUUGGCAUGAGGUAGGCCUUGGCACCUGGCAUAUCUCCCUGAGCCACCAAGGCUGCCUUUGAAGCUGGGCACCCGGCUGGCCUCUUCCCUGCUGCGACCUUGGAGCUGGGCCCAUGUUCCGUGGGCUGACCUUGGGGCUGCAGUGCCCAGAGGGGCACAGCACUAUAAAGCCGCCCUCUGGCUGAAGGACUGGACACUCUGGCCAAGAUGAAGGCUUUGCUCAGCACCCUCCUCCUCCUCCCGCUGCUCUUUGCCACUGGCCAGGCCCAGUGCCCGGCCCCCACUGAGCUCCAGAACCCGCACCCCAACGGCACCAAGGUGUGUGCCCAGAUGUACACGGACAACAGCCCCUACUACGACCUCUGCUGCGCCGGGAGCCUCCUGAUGGUCCUGGAGGGCGAAGACCAGCCCUACAUGCCCACGGCGUUCAACAACAAGGUCUCCUCGCUGGUGGUGGCCCAGCGCUGUGAGCUGACCGUCUGGUACCGGAAGGGCAAGGCGGGCAGCACGCGGGUGUUCAAGGCCGGGGCCUACCCACGCCUGCAGGAGUUCAAGAGGGCCAUCUUCAGCAACUGGGACAACGCCAUCUCCGCUUACUACUGCAAGUGCAGAUGAGUCGCCUCGGCGCGAGCCAAGAAGGGAGCUGCCCCUAUCCUGCCUGUCCUCGCUCAGGUGACCCCCCCCGGAUUCCCCCCCCCCAACUGAAGGUCCAAAGUAUGUGGAUGCCACGUCCCCAAAUUUCCUGCCCGCAGCAGCUCCGCUGAAGACCUUGGCAGCCCAAUGAGAGGCAGGAGAAGAACGGGCACUUCCUUCUGGGAAUUGGGAAGAAAACCAGGGCCGGCAAGGGCCGUUUUUCUCCUGUGGCGAAGGGGGCCUUUCAUCGGCCCCGGGGCUUCUCGGCCUCCCCUUUGAGCACCGCCAGGACUGCCACCUUGCGCGAAAGAUUUGUUCCAGCGGAUGCCUUCCGGUCUUCGUUCCCCUCCC